AUGGCAACCAGCUCUUCCCACGUUGACAACUAUGAUGCCUCCAAGUUCUGGAUCGCUUCAGCCAGGAACUUUCGAACCUCUGCUCGCUUGCACUUGCAACACUUUCUCUUCCAAAACACUAUCGGCUAUCUCCUAGAGCCUAUCAUUGAGGAGUCCUUGGUGGCUUCUUCCCGGCCCCUGAAAGUUGCCGAUCUUGCUUGUGGAAAUGGCAUCUGGCUGACUGAACUGCAUUCCCACUUUGCGAAGAACAAUAUCUCAGCCCAGCGGGACGGAUUUGACAUCAACCCCGUGAACUUCCCGGAUGCAGCCUACCUGCCCGACUCGGUAUCCAUCAAGCAGCUUGACAUCCUUUCCAAGCCCCUCCCUGCCGAUUUGAUUGGCAUCUACGAUGUGGUCCAUAUCCGAGCCUUUGUUAGUGUGAUACCUGAUGGCGACCUGACACCUAUACUCUCUGUUGCCUCGGAGCUUUUGAAGCCGGGUGGUUUUCUUCGAUGGGAAGAGACUCGAGGCGAUAAAUGGGCCCAAGGCAUCAACAAUGAGUGGGUAGACGUACUCGACACACGUCUAGGCCAGUUUGGUUUCCAGGAUGCACGAUUGCUUUCCCAGGAGAAAAGAAAGCAGGAUUACAAAGGCUGGACUGAAGACUACUUGAUGGUGUGGGAGGAAUGUGCUGCUUUUUUUCUGCCAAAGUCGCAGGCAUUGGAUGCGCCAUUGACGCGAGAGGUGUGGACUGAAAUGUUUGCAAACAGUGUUAAAGAGACAGAGCAAGGCGUUGCGGUGCAUCAAGGAAAGGUCGUGACUGUGGUAGGCCGGAGGCCUCAAUGA